AAUGAAUUUGAUCCUCCCGCCUUACUUUUGGUCUCCCUCCAGAGAAGCUAACUUGCUGGCAUAGUUCUGCCAUUUGUCAGCCAGAAGGCUGGUUACACAUUUGCUCGUCAAUCUAAACCUAACCUAUCCUCAUACGAACACUUGGGGUUUCGUGUAAAUCACCCAGCCGUUCUGUCAUUCAUCAGCAAUAUCUCUCCACAGUGUUCUCCACCCAUGUGGCUUCAUGAACUAUUUCUCUAUGUUUGUGGAAGAAAUAUUCAAAUGAAUGUGCUUUUUCAGGAGUGGUGACACCAGAAUGUUUUAAAUCUGUUCAUUACCACAACAAGGAUAAACGCUAUUUCUGCCAAAGACUUUUGAUAACGGGUGCAGUAAUGCAUCUCAGCACUUUCUGAAAUUAAAAGUCUGCCCUGAGAGGUUUCACAUGCUACCUAGAAAUAUACUUUCAAAAGAUAAUCUUCCAGGACUAAGCCUAGCCACAGUGAAGCCUGUCUAAGGUCAAGCAGUUUGGAGAGUAUCAAAGUGAAUAUUUGCUUGCAGUAUCUACAAAUCCCAAUCACUGUCUGGAAUGCAUUAAGAAAAAUUCUUAAUCAAGCUCAUGAAGUUAGCCAUAGAGGAGUUCAUCUCAAUUCUCUGCAAAAGAUUUCACAAUGAAACAGAAAAAUCUCAGCGAGAACUGAAACGGAUGGGGAUUGAACUGCUUUGCCUGUUCUUUCUAUUUCUAGGAAGGAAUGAUCACGUACAAGGUGGCUGUGCCCUGGGAGGUGCAGAGACCUGUGAAGACUGCUUACUCAUUGGACCGCAGUGUGCCUGGUGUUCUCAGGAGAAUUUUACUUAUCUCUCUGGAGUUGGAGAAAGGUGUGACACCCCAGCAAAUCUUUUAGCUAAAGGAUGUCAACUAAACUUCAUCGAAAACCCUCUCUCCCAAGUAGAAAUACUUACAAAUAAGCCUCUCAGCAUAGGCAGACAGAAAAAUAGUUCCAGCAUCGUUCAGAUUGCACCUCAAAGCUUGACUCUUAAAUUGAGACCAGGCAGUGAACAGACUCUGCAAGUUCAAGUUCGCCAGACCGAGGACUACCCAGUGGACUUGUAUUACCUCAUGGACCUCUCGGCCUCCAUGGAUGACGACCUCAACACGAUCAAAGAGCUGGGCUCCCUGCUUUCCAAGGAGAUGUCUAAAUUAACGAGCAACUUUAGACUGGGCUUUGGCUCUUUUGUGGAAAAACCCAUCUCCCCAUUUAUGAAAACAACGCCAGAAGAAAUCGCCAACCCUUGCAGUAUUCCAUACUUCUGCUUGCCUACCUUUGGAUUCAAGCACAUUUUGCCGUUGACAAAUGAUGCUGAAAGAUUCAAUGAAAUUGUGAAGAAUCAGAAAAUUUCUGCUAAUAUUGAUACUCCGGAAGGUGGAUUUGAUGCAAUCAUGCAAGCCGCUGUGUGUAAGGAAAAAAUUGGCUGGCGGAAUGACUCCCUCCAUCUCCUGGUCUUUGUGAGUGAUGCCGAUUCACAUUUUGGAAUGGACAGCAAACUGGCGGGCAUUGUCAUUCCUAACGAUGGGCUCUGUCACUUGGACAGCAAGAAUGAAUACUCCAUGUCAACAGUCUUGGAAUAUCCAACCAUUGGACAACUCAUUGAUAAACUGGUACAAAAUAACGUGUUACUGAUCUUUGCUGUAACUCAAGAACAAGUUCAUCUGUAUGAGAAUUAUGCAAAACUCAUUCCUGGAGCUACAGUAGGGGUACUUCAGAAGGACUCUGGGAACAUUCUCCAGCUGAUCAUCUCGGCUUAUGAAGAACUGCGGUCUGAGGUGGAGCUGGAAGUGUUAGGAGACACGGAAGGACUCAACCUGUCAUUUACAGCCAUCUGUAACAAUGGGACUCCCUUCCCACACCAAAAGAAAUGCUCUCACAUGAAGGUGGGAGACACAGCUUCGUUCAACAUGACUGUGGGGAUACCAAACUGUGAGAAAAGAAGCAGGCAUGUUAUUGUAAAGCCCGUGGGGCUGGGGGACGCCCUAGAAAUCCUGAUCAGUCCAGAAUGCAGCUGCGACUGUCAGAAAGAAGUGGAGGUGAACAGCUCCAAAUGCAACCACGGCAACGGCUCCUUCCAGUGUGGGGUGUGUGCCUGCAACCCUGGCCACAUGGGUCCUCACUGCGAGUGCGGGGAGGACACGCUGAGCAUGGACUCCUGCAGGGAGGCCCCCGAACACCUCUCAUGCAGCGGGAGAGGCGAUUGCUACUGUGGGCAGUGCACCUGCCACUUGUCUCCUUAUGGAAACAUUUAUGGGCCUUACUGCCAAUGCGAUGAUUUCUCCUGCGUGAGACACAAGGGGCUGCUCUGCGGAGAUAAUGGUGACUGUGAGUGCGGCGAGUGCGUGUGCAGGAGCGGCUGGACAGGCGAGUACUGUAACUGCACCACCAGCACGGACCAGUGCGUCUCAGAGGAUGGGGUGCUCUGCAGCGGUCGAGGGGACUGUGUGUGCGGCAAGUGCAUUUGCACGAACCCUGGAGCCUCAGGACUCACCUGUGAACGCUGUCCCACCUGUGGCGAUCCCUGUAACUCUAAACGGAGCUGCAUUGAAUGCCACUUGUCUGCUGAUGGCCAGGCCCGAGAAGACUGUGUUGACAAAUGCAAACUAGCUGGUGCGACCAUCAGUGAAGAAGAAGAUUUCUCAAAGGAUAGUGCUGUUUCCUGUUCUCUGCAAGGAGAAAAUGACUGUCUUAUUACAUUCCUAAUAACUACAGAUAACGAAGGGAAAACCAUCAUUCACAGCAUCAGCGAGAAAGACUGCCCAAAACCUCCCAAUAUUCCCAUGAUCAUGUUGGGGGUUUCACUGGCUAUUCUUCUCAUUGGGGUUGUCCUACUGUGUAUUUGGAAGCUGCUGGUGUCAUUUCACGAUCGGAAAGAAGUUGCCAAAUUUGAAGCAGAACGGUCAAAGGCCAAGUGGCAAACGGGAACCAAUCCACUGUACAGAGGCUCUACCAGCACCUUUAAAAAUGUAACCUACAAACACAGGGAAAAACAAAAGGUGGACCUUUCCAUGGAUGGAUAGAACUGCUUUACUCACGGAAAAAAGUCUGUUUUGCUGAUAUGAAAUGUUAAUGCACUAUUUAAUUUUUCUUCCUUUGUUGUUUUAAAAUGAGGUUGGUUUAAGAUAAUAAUAGGUCAUUUGGAGAUCAGCCAUUCUCUGUGUGAAGGUUAGAGAUGAUGUUGGCAGGUUCAAAAUAAUCAAGAAGAGAAAUAUCCUUAGCAAAGGGGUGACUUUGGGGAUCAUUUCAGGAAUACUAACUCUGUGCAUUAAUGCCUCAAAAAAUCAUCAAAAUGAUUCAUGGGGGCCUGAUUUGCAUUUGAAAAAUGUUUGAAAUUAGAAUCUCAUUUGUUGCAGGAAUAUGGGUACCUAAAGACUUUGUCUCAGCAAAGUCACAAAGUCCAUAUGCUCACAGUGUAUACUCACACUUGCCAGUGAAUUCUCAACUUUUAGUAAAUCUGCUGUUUCUUGAAGAAUUUUUUUUUUAAUCUAUGAAACCUUGAGAUGCUGACUUUUACUUCAGCUGUAGGAUGCAGUUCUUCUAAAGAUGUCCCACAUGGGAAGAAUGAAAAUUAAGUGUUAAUAAUUUCUGCAGAUUAGAAUAUACCUAAAAAGUCAAGUAUUUUGUUUGUUUUCCGAAUGAAGAAGUAAUUUAUAAAUUAGGAAGUCAGCAGUAAAAAACAAAAAUAACAAGCCUAUCAUUUAGAUUAUGUUUAAUUACCUGAAAAAUAAACUUUUACACUGUCUCCCUCCUGACCCUGAGUUUUCAAACCAUUACUUCUGUUAUUUCUCAAUCCAUUUUACUGUUUCACAGUUAUUUUAAUGCCAUAAAUGUCAUAUGAAAGUUUUAGUUCCUUUAACCAUUACUUUAUUUUUUUUUCUUUUUUCUUUUCUUUUUUUUUUUUUUUUUUUUUUGGCUUUUUGCUAUCUCUUGGGCCGCUUCCGCGGCAUAUGAAGGUUCCCAGGCUAGGGGUCGAAUUGGAGCUGAAGCCACCAGCCUACGCUAGAGCCAGCCACAGCAACGCGGGAUCCGAGCCACGUCUGCAACCUACACCGCAGCUCACAGCGCUCACAGCAACGCCAGAUUGUUAACCCACUGAGCAAGGGCAGGGACCGAACCCGCAACCUCAUGCUUUCUAGUGGGAUUCGUUAACCACUGUGCCACAACGGGAACUCCCAACCAUUACUUUAAAUGGUUAGGUAGUUUAUUAAAAAUGUUCUCCAAUAAGACAAAAGGAGAGUGGGUUAAACAAUAAAAUUUUAACAGCUUUAAAUCAAACACAUCAAGUCGCUCGUGAGUAGUAGGCUUUUUAAACUCUAUAUUUCCCAUUUGCAUAACCCAACUUGAACAUUUCAUUUGCACAUGGUGACUAUCUUACUUUAAAAAGUAAGAUUUUACUUGCAAAAUAUAUGUGGGUAAUUAAGGAUCCAUAGGUUGACUAAAGAGAUGAACACUGUAGAAUAUUAUUUCCCAAAGUUAACACUGCUUUAGAAAGCACUUUCAUCUCAUUUGAUCCUCUUAAGGAAACUCAGCCUCAGAGAAUGGGUAGAACUGAUCCAGAAUUGAGAUCUUCUAGUGCCAAGCCAUUGUUUCUUUCCACAGCAUGAGACUAACUCUUGUCAGUGAAAGCAAGAAAGACUUUCUUAGUUAAGUGAUUAACUACCAUUUGUUCGAAAUGUGGUGACUAAGCAAAUAGCACUUAAAUUACUGGAAUAGAGGUGAGGUCUUGAACUUUUGUACAAUGUUCAUUACCUUUGAGUAAAUUGAAAUGUGAAGCCUUUUACUAGGUGAAUAGUUUAUUAGGUAAUGGAGGCUUCAUGUUUAUCCACUGAACUGGCACAGUGUUUUCUGUGAUAAGUCUCUUCAACUCUAUCAGAUAGCUCGGUACACAUCUGGUCACUUGGAGACUUUUUUUUCACAUUUGUAAAUAACUCAGGUAAACUCGACACUUGGGGAGUAUAUAGUUAUAUGAAAGGACUUACAAAACAAUCACUUUGGAAACCUGAAUUGCUGAGGUGCCCCUACAUUCCUGACUGAGGCCCAGGGUGGGUGGGAAAUCCAGAGCACCAAGAAAGUUGCUAUACCGAUGAUGUCACAGCGGUAUUCACCUCUACAUAGGAUAUUUUUAUAUUAUUAUUGGAAUGGAAUUUUAGACUAUAUAAAUUUCCUUUGUGUGUAUAUUGGGGAAGAUAGAAAAGAAUCUGCUAUUUCUCUGAAUACAGUUUUGACCCAAGGCUGGACCUUGAAAAGGCCAAAACAUUAACAGUAGUACUUCUGUUCACUGAAGAGUUAUGUUACAUGAAAAUAAAAUGGGGUUUUUUGUAAGCUGUUUUAUUGUAUUCUGUGUUGAAAUAAAUAAACAUGGUAAUUUAAACAAUGAA